AUGCAAGAGAAAUGGAAGCGCGGACUUAAUAAGAGAGCGUACAACGUUCUCUCUGUACCUCAAGCGCUGAUGCCCCAAAUGUUCGAGUACAUCAACACCAUCGAGCCGUCGUUGGAGUACGUCGACACGACAUCGGAAAAAAUAACAACUCUGGACGGGUUAGCCGUCUUUACUAAUCUUACUGGUCUUUCUGCGGAGUUCAACAACUUGAAGUCACUCAACGCACUCCCUACGUCUUUACAAAUGCUGUCACUCCACCACAACGAUUUGACUUCUUUAGAUAUUAUUUCAACACUCACAAAUUUGACGUUUUUAAACGUCGCGUGUAAUAAAUUGAGCUCAUUAAACUAUCCACUCAGUGUUAAGGUACUGAAUUGCUCAGACAACCCACUGCAAAAGUUAGAAGGAAUGAGUUGUGUAGAGAGCCUCUCUAUUAGCCGGACGCUUGUAACCGAAUUGAAGAUAGAAAAUGCAAAACUAACAGCGCUCGAUUGCUCUCAGUGCACGUUUUCGUCGCUUGAAAUUAAAUGCGACAACCUCACUACUCUUGUUGCAAACGGCGUCGAAUUUUUCGUUGACAAAACGACACGCAAGAGCGUCAACUUCGCACUACAAAAAGUCGGCACCGAACACCUUUGCCCACAGAAAUUGGCGUUUGACUUUCCUCUUGUCCUCCACACGUCACAGCUAGUGUCUCUCAAAAUGAGUUUGUGCCGUAAAGAAGUCAUCGAGAAGUUUUUGUCUCAAAUCCACUCGUUACAACACAUCGAGCUUGAGUUCUGCAAUUUGUACAUGUGCCCUGACGAUCUUUUCAAGUACAAGGAAUUACGAACGAUCGAUUUGAAAAACAACCCCCUCUCGGUCAUCCCAAUCCAGCUCACGACACUGACGAAUAUGGUCACUCUCAACUUCUCGAACUGCCCAAUCAUCGAUCACCCAUCUUUCAAGCCGCUCGUCAACUUAAAGAGUCUUGGGUUGAGUUUUGAGUCCGGCAGGGUGAAGACGGGCUUUGAAGAGAAGAGGCCUCGGAACUGCAAAAUUGAGAUCUCGUUGUUUGGGUGUUGCGACAAGAUCAUCGACGGACUCUUUCUUGGGAAUUACCCAAAUGCUCUCAACAAGACCUUUUUGAAGGAGUGCGGCAUCACCCACAUUCUCUCCGUGGCGCCUUAUCAACCGAUGUACCCCGGCGUCUUCACUUACAAAGUAGUUAACGUCAUGGACAACACAACAGAGAACAUCGCCGCGGUGUUUGACGAAUGUUUCGACUUCAUUGAGAAGGGGAUGGAAGCGGGUGGUGUACUGGUCCAUUGUUUUGCUGGGGUCUCUAGAAGCGCGACAAUCGUUAUCGCCUUCUUGAUGAAGAAGAACAGAUGGUCCCUUAAGAAGGCUACAAACUUCGUCCGCAACUGCAGACCAAUCAUUGCUCCAAAUCCGGCUUUCCAACAACAACUGGAAGUCUUCGGAAAAUCUAUCCCUUCAUUCUCCUGUAUUCUCGUGUGA